AUGACAACGACACAACACACAUGUGUUGUGAGAGUUAAUUUGUUUCUAUUUUUAGAUGAAACCGCUCAGUAUCAAGAAUAUGGGUCGGUUGGUUGUGCUAUUAUUGGUACGUUAUCGGAUCCACCAUUAUAUAAAAUGGGUUGCUAUAAUGAAAAAAAUGAGUACUUAUGUACUGCUAGUAUUACUACAAACAACGAAACAGGUGCUAAUUUGGCAUUGCAAGAUGGAGGUUAUGUUUCUUUUAAAGAUGAACAGGGUAAAAGCUGGUCUAUGCAGUUUGAGACUGUAGAUUAUGCAAUUGAAUUUUGUGCCCAUGUCUCAGUUGCAAUGUACGGAGCCUCAGGUUAUUCAAAUCAAAGUAUUUUAGCAUGUGAUGUUACAUCGGGAAAACGUGAUCGAAUUGUAUUUGCUAAUGAUGUGGUCAAAGUACGCUAUCAAAGUUGGGUAGUUCAAUGUGAAGCAAAUCGUAAGAAACUUCCUAUUCUUGGAAGUAAGUUAGAUGGUAAUCUAACAGAUGAAAAACCGUUUACAAUGAAUGUACCCGCAAAUCAUAUGGGUGUUACUCCAGACAUGAAAGGAUUUGAAGGAAUGAUAAUAGGAAUGGGUGAAGAAGGGACUCGUUUGAUAGUUAUUCCAUUUGGAGCGAAACGGGGUGGUGGACCUCAAGUUCAUAUGUGUUUUUACGUUCAUAUUGUUAAGAAAAAAAACUCUUCUCAAGUUGUUGGAAUUCGUGAAAAUAUGACUGUUGCUUUGCAAAGUUUAACUCCGCAAACAACAGAUAACACAAAAACUUUUUCACAUAAUGGUGAACCUAGUGUUAUACAAAGUUUUGAACGUCAUUAUUCUCAUCCUUCUUUUAUUCCUUUGCCUGGAUUUAGCAAAGAACAAUUACUGGUUGUGGAUCGAAUUCGUGAUCAAGUUCACGUGCUUUCUCAAGAGUUACAGGAGGCAAGAAAACAACUCGAUAUUUUCAUGAAUGAUGUAAAAGUUCAUGAACGAAGUGAAAAACCCAAAAGUUUGGCAAGUGCUCAAAUUGAAUAUUCGAUUAAAAAGUUAUUGAUUGAUACUGAAGAAGCUAGAGAAACGCUUUCUCAGAAAGAUAUAGCGUUAAGACAGAUUGAGGAAAAAAAUCGUGAGUUACAGAAAAAAGUUGAUAAGUUUACUAGUACUGCAAAUUUACUUGCAGAAGAAAGAAAAAAUUCUAUUAAUUCAUCAAAUGAAGAAAAAUUAGAUUUUGAUAGAAGAAUUGCCCAAACUCAGUCAGAAUUAACACGAAUACAAUCUGAACGAGAAGAUGUUGCUCGUCAUCUUUCAACUGUAAAACGACUUUUGGAAGUUGCUGAUCAAGAUAUAAAAAAUGAAAAGCAAAAAUUACAAGUAUCUUCUAUUGAAUUUCAAACGAAUGAAUCUAAACUUGCUAUUGAUGAAGAAAACUAUACUGAAGAAACUUCUCAUGUUAAAAUUCUUGAGUCAAAAAUAAUAACACUUGGUGAUCAAUUGCGUUCUGUAUCGGAAGAAGUUCGGAUAAAAGAAAGUCAAAUUGACGAAACUAGAAAAAAAAUUGAAAGUGAUAAAUUACAUUAUACACAAUUGCUUGAAGAUGAAAGAAGCAAAGCAACUGUAGAUAUUCGUGAAUUACGACAGGAAUUAAUUGAUGAAUUAGCUAUACGUGAUAAACGUUAUCAAGAAGAACGUCAGAGAGUUGUACAUGAGUCUUUUGAAAGGGGAAGAAUUCAAGGUAUAGAGGAUGGACAAAAUGAAACACUUUUAGAGGCUGAUACAGUUACCCAAGAAUUAACUCUUACUGUUCAACGUCACAAGGCAGAAGUUAAUGCUAUGCGAAUUCGUUUAAAGAGUGCAAUAGAACAAAGUGAAGCAGAUGAACGACGAUUAAAUUCUCAAAUAGUAGCACUUCAAGAAACUUUAUCUAAUCUUCAGGUAGAAAAUACACAGUUGGAGACGGAGAACGAUUCCUUGAUAUUAGCAAAAGAAGAACUUGAAGAAGGUAUUUUUCAAAAAAUUAGGAGCGCUGUUGAGCAACUUUCUCAACCUAUAGGGCGAAAUGAUCUACUCACAGUUAUUCACACAUUGAGAAUGAAUAAAAAAGUAAACUACGAUUUUGAGCUUCAACGUGCGGAUGAACGAGAAAGAAUUCUAGAGCAAGAGCAUAAGGAAGUUUGUGAAUGGGUUAAUGCGAGUGUAAGUGGUACUUGUGUUCCAUUUCCUCCUAUACGGAUGUUUUGUACUUCAGAAGCUUCAGUAUAUGUUGAAUCUGCGAAUAAAUUAUGGAACCAACCAGAAUUGUCUGAUGAAUUACUUGAAUCAAGGCUUCAGGAUUUAAUUGAGAUUCAAGAGGCAGUAGUUCACUUUGAUCCAGAUGAAAUGGAUCGCCGUUAUCGAGAACUAUUAUCAGAAUUUACAAAAGUCAAGCCUGACCUUGAAUUGGUACCUCAAAAUAGUUCUACCAAUAAACAGUAUGUUGUUUCUGCGCAUAAAGAAAUAUCUCAGAGUGAAAAUAAUGAAAUUUAUCCUGAAAAAAAUAAAAAUCAGACUUCCUUUGAUAAGACUGAAGACUUCAUACCUCCGAAAGAAAAAGAACAGCAGAAUUUCAUUUCAACGUUACAAGAAGUGCCACACUCUAAUAGUGAACUAGUUUCACCACGGCAAUUGGAUGUGCAUGAAACUGUUUCCCCUAAAAGUCCUAGUCUUAUACCAGAAAACAAACAGGAAAACUUACCCGAGUGUGUCUCUGCUGGAGAUACUGACUCUAGAAAAGAAGAAGCGAAAACUGAAAGACAAUUUGAUCCUGCCCCUUUGAGAAGACCCAUUUCCGACUCUAAUAGUCAAAAGCCAGUCAAUCAAAUAGCUCCUCCAACAAGACGGGGUGUUCCUACCCGAAAGAAAAUGCCUACAAUGAGUGACUCAGACUCAAAUAACGAUUUCCCUAAUCAGACCACAGAGGAGUCUAAGCGUGGCGUGCUUAAGAGAGCUCCACCCAAAAAAUCUUUGUUUGACGAUAGUGACUCUUCCGAUUUCUAG